AGCAAACUCAGGAAAUUCACUAGCUUCCUUAGCGCAUGUGAAUUUCCUUUAGAGCAAAACACAAACAAAAAAACGCCAACGCGCCCUUCCUCUCUCGCCAGCCCUCACCUCGAUCUCGAUCUCGAUCUCGUGCUCGCGCUCGCUCGCUCCUCGCUCGAUUUCGACUCCUCUUCUCAGGCUCUCGGCCGCUCUAGACGUUCGCAUUCACACGAGCACGAAGAUGGACAUGGACACGGCAGCGUGCAACGGCAAGGGCUCCCUCGGGCUCUGCACGGGGGCAGGUGGUGACCCGCUCAAUUGGGGCGCCGCUGCUGCGGCCCUCACGGGGAGCCACCUCGAUGAGGUGAAGCGGAUGGUCGAGGAGUCCCGGCGACCUGUGGUCCGCCUCGGCGGUGAGACGCUGACCAUCGCGCAGGUGGCGGCCAUCGCGGGGCGCGAGGCCGGCAUGGCGGUCGAGCUGUCGGAGGCGGCCCGGGCGGGGGUCAAGGCCAGCAGCGACUGGGUGAUGGAGAGCAUGAGCAAGGGCACGGACAGCUACGGGGUCACCACUGGCUUCGGCGCCACCUCGCAUAGGCGGACCAAGCAAGGUGGUGCUCUGCAGAGGGAGCUCAUAAGGUUCUUGAACGCCGGCAUAUUCGGCAAUGGGACUGAGUCGUGCCACACGCUGCCCCACUCGGCGACCCGGGCUGCGAUGCUCGUGAGGAUCAACACCCUCCUCCAGGGCUACUCGGGCAUCCGGUUCGAGAUCCUGGAGACCAUGGCCAAGCUCCUCAACCGCAACAUCACCCCGUGCCUGCCUCUCAGGGGUACGAUAACGGCCUCGGGCGACCUGGUCCCCUUGUCCUACAUCGCCGGGCUUCUGACGGGCAGGCCCAACUCGAAGGCGGUCGGGCCAAACGGCGAGUCCCUGAACGCUGUCGAGGCCUUCCGCCUUGCCGGGAUCGAGCACGGGUUCUUUGACCUGCAGCCCAAAGAGGGCCUUGCGCUCGUGAAUGGCACGGCAGUCGGGUCUGGGCUCGCUUCCAUUGUCCUGUACGAGGCGAACAUCCUGGCCGUCCUCUCAGAGGUUCUGUCGGCGAUCUUCGCCGAGGUGAUGCAAGGGAAGCCGGAGUUCACCGACCACUUGACCCACAAGCUCAAGCACCAUCCCGGACAAAUUGAAGCUGCAGCUAUAAUGGAGCACAUCUUGGAUGGGAGCUCCUACGUGAAGGACGCUCAAAAGCUCCACGAGAUGGACCCUCUCCAGAAGCCGAAGCAGGACCGAUACGCGCUCCGCACGUCCCCGCAGUGGCUUGGCCCCCAGAUCGAAGUGAUCAGGGCCGCCACCAAAAUGAUCGAGAGGGAGAUCAAUUCUGUCAACGACAACCCGCUGAUCGACGUCUCCAGGAACAAGGCUCUCCAUGGAGGGAACUUCCAGGACCCGAUAGGCGUUUCCAUGGACAACACCCGUCUCGCCAUCGCCUCCAUCGGCAAGCUCAUGUUCGCGCAGUUCUCCGAGCUCGUCAACGACUUCUACAACAACGGGCUGCCCUCUAACCUGUCCGGGGGACGGAACCCAAGCCUGGAUUACGGCUUCAAGGGAGCUGAGAUCGCCAUGGCCUCAUACUGCUCGGAGCUGCAGUUCCUUGCCAACCCUGUGACCAACCAUGUCCAGAGCGCGGAGCAACACAACCAGGACGUGAACUCCUUGGGCCUGAUCUCGUCGAGGAAGACUGCCGAGGCCAUCGAUGUGCUGAAGCUCAUGUCCUCCACCUUCCUGGUCGCCCUGUGCCAGGCCAUCGACCUGAGGCACCUGGAAGAGAACCUCAAGAGCGUGGUCAAGAACACGGUGAACCAAGUGGCCAAGAAGGUCCUCUACGUCGGGUCCAACGGCGAGCUCCACCCGUCGCGGUUCAGCGAGAAAGAGCUGAUCAAGGUGGUCGACCGGGAGUACGUCUUCGCCUACAUCGAUGACCCCUGCAGCGCCACGUACCCCCUGAUGCAGAAGCUGAGGCAGGUCCUCGUGAACGAUGCGCUGGACGACGUCGACCGGGAGAAGAACCCCAGCACCUCCAUCUUCCAGAAGAUUGGGGCUUUCGAGGAGGAGCUCAAGGCACUCCUCCCGAAGGAGGUCGAGAACGCGAGAGCUCAGUUCGAGAGCGGGAACUCGGCGAUCGCUAACAAGAUCAGGGGGUGCAGGUCGUACCCAUUGUACAGGUUCGUGAGGGAAGAGCUCAGGACCGGUUUGCUCACGGGGGAGAAGGUCGGCUCGCCGGGCGAGGACUUUGAUCUGGUGUUCUCCGCCAUGUGCGAGGGCAAGCUGAUCGAUCCUUUGCUGGAGUGCUUGAGGGACUGGGAUGGUGCUCCGCUUCCCAUCUGUUAGAAACUUUUCCAAAUCCUGAAGACUGCCUCAUAAUUUAACUUGCCCUAUUCUUGGUAUGUACUUAGAGAGUUUUUCAUGGUCGAGAAACUGCUGUUAAAAUUGUAAUCUCUGGUGUCUUUUGUUCAGUUCUUUCUUAUUCAAAACACCCCCCCUCGAUGUAUAUUUGUACUUGGCACUUCAUGGUUGUAACAACAAAGUUGAAACGCGUGAAGGAAAAUAUUAUGCAACAUACAUUUCGUUACAUUCUUCGUUC